AUGGACGCUAGCGUGCAGCCCGGCCAUCAUCUCACCUUUGCCGCCGGUGUCCGGGCUCCCGCACCCGGCGCGGAGCCCAGUCACCGUACAGCCGAACAGGCUUGCCGGGAGUGUCGCCGGCGUAAGUCCAAGUGCGACAGGGCAAUCCCUGUUUGUCGAUUAUGCAGCAAGUAUAAGCGACAGUGUACGUAUGAGAAACCGGCGCGUACGCCGCUUACGCGCACGCACCUGUCCCGGGUCGAGAAUGAGCUUGCUCGGACCAAGGCGUUGCUGAGACGGUUUAUGCCUGACGCUGCUGCUCUCGAAGAUUCUCAUGGCUUAGAAGAUUCGAGAGACGAAGGGGCUGGUCAGGAUGCUAAUGCUGCCGAGUCAGGAGACGGCCAUCCCUCCGUUCAGCCAGGGCCAGCCCUGUGCCACGAUGUCGUGGACGGCACUCUACCCCAGUUAGGCCAUGUGGGCCAUGACGCUAGAGGUGCAACCCUUCCCAGCCCGUUGGAUAGCGGCAGUCACGCCCAGCAGAUGCGGAUGAGUCCUCAUUCAACGAUGGCCGCAGUCGGGGCGGAGCCAAUCAUGCAUCCGGCUUCAGAGUCGCGUUCAACUGGGACCACGGCGUUCUCGCUCGAGACGCCCCCGUCAAGCAGCAACUUCGAAUGGGACGAGAGGGCGGGCGUGGACAACAAAUUCGUUGAUGGAAUGGCCAGUUUGACCAGCCGGUCGAACGAGGGUGGUUACCUUGAAACUAGGGAUGAUGACGCUGGCGACAGCAAUGGCCAAGUUCACGAGUAUGAAUGCAGAGCAAGCAUCCCCUUCGUGUUGAACACCAUGUCACAGCUCGAACCCUUCGUGGAUGCGUUUUUCCGGCUAUACCAUUGCUCCUACCCGAUCGUACACGAAGCAACCUUUCGCGCCCAGUUCAUGGAGAUCAUCCCGCGUCCGCCAGGGAAUACGUGGCAGGUCCUACUGUUCGUGAUCUCAGCCUUGGGCGUCUUCACUUCGUCUACCGCAACCAGCACCAGCGAUGUCGACCUUGCCCUCUUCGACGCCGCUAAAGAACGGCUGUCCAUCGACGUGCUCGAGACAGGAAACUUGGUCCUCGUCCAAGCGCUGACGCUCAUAUCCAAUUAUCUCCAGAAACGCAACAAGCCAAACUCCGGGUAUAACUAUAUGGGGCUCGCAAGGCGCGUCGCGAUGGGGAUCGGCUUGCAUAAGGAGUUUCCUACAUGGGAUGCAUCCCUCUUAACGCUUGAAAUGAGGAGGCGGGUCUGGUAUUGUCUUUACAUCUUUGACAUUGGGGCAAUGAUCACAUUUUCGAGGCCGCUGGAUUUCCCCGUAGAGGGUGUUGAUGUGAAGCUUCCCAUGAAUGCUCAUGACAGCGAUAUCACAUCCACCACGAGGCACCUACCACCGCCGGCCUAUGAAACGACAAUUUACAGUCAUCUGCGCGCACAGGCGCAAUUCCACCUUGCCACAAGCUCCAUCUACUCAAAGAUCAUCUCUCAUCCUCUCCCCUCGGCAACUGAACUGCUGCAACUAGACGACACAUUGAUCGGUGGCUGGCUGGCCAACCUGGCGCCUUACUUCGCCGAGCCUGCUGUCCAGCCGCAGAAAUUUGCCCUCGCCCAUGCGAUCCUUUGCUGGCGGUAUCGCAAUUUUAGGAUACUCAUGUAUCGGCCGUUUUUGGUGGGAAGGGUCAUGGUUCGCUCCCGUGGUGCUGGAACGCAAGGACAGGAAGUCGGCACGGAUAUAGACCUUGCCAUCGAGCGUUGCCUCGCCGCCGCAGCCGAAGCUGUGGAGCUUAUCUGCACGUUCUGGUUGACUCAAGUCCACCAUCGGACCAUGAUGGCCUGCUGGUACGGGCUCUACUUUCUCUUUCAGGCAAUUCUGAUCUCCGUAAUCUGUCUCCGCAAUGACCCGCAGUCACCUCUUGCGCAGGGCUGGAGAAGCCAAAUAUCCCAGGCCAUAGAGGUGCUGGAAUCAAUGGCGCUCAUGAACUCGAGUGCACGGAGGUGCUUGCGCGUAAUUACUGAUCUAUGCGGGAAUUACCUGCAGUCUGGACAAGGGCCAGAUAUUAGAGAUGGUAUUGGUGUGAAUGGCGAUGGCUGGAGGCCGACAGAGGAAUCGCCGCAAACGCAGCUGGCGAGCCUGUAUCCGCUUAUGUGGCCGACGUUGGAUAUGGGAAUGGGAUUGGGGGUUGAGGGGAAUUCAAUCAUGUACGGUUUCCUAUAUCUUCAUUCUAAGGCAUCCUACCCCUUGUUAUCGUAG